UCUAACAGGAAGUGUUCUGAGUCUCUGUAGUUUCUGGGUUCUUUCUGGGUCCAUCAGGUUCCUCUGUGGAACUAUAAAGCAUCAGGACCAGAACAGAGACCAGAACUCUGGAGUUCACUACCUGAUUCAGUCCGUGAUGAGUGAGGCCGUCCUGGUGGACCUGAUCCACGGUCCUGGUCCUGGUCCCGGUCUUGGUCCUGGUCCGAAAUGCUCCGGGUCUCUGCUGGAGGACUCCGGGUCUCAUCACGUCUUCCUGCUGGGCGGUAAACCGGACCGGUACCGGAACCGGGACGGAACCGGCUUUACGGACGCGCUCCCGAGCAUCUCGUGCAGGAGCGUGCACGUGCUGGACUCCUCCGGCUCCACCGCGGAGUGUUUGUUCCGGUUCAAGCAGAACCUGGACCAGCUGGGUCUGAGCAACAUCCGGGUCCUCACGACCCCACACGGCCGAGACGUGCUGCGGGUCUACCAGGACCUGCUGUUCACCCAGGUCUACUGCUUCAGGUACCUCACCUGUCCGACCACCUGUCCGGGCUGCGCAGGCUCCGCCCACCCGGACUCACCUGGGGACCCGGACUCACCUGGGGACCCGGACUCACCUGGGGACCCGGACUCACCUGGGGACCCGGACUCACCUGGAUCAGGUGUCCACCCCUCGGUAGAGGACGUGUCCCGGUUGGUGCAGCGGCUGCCGUCUCUGAGGGGACAGAUUGAGGUUCUGAAGUCAACACUGAUCCCAGACUGCUUCGGUCACGGCUUCAGUACUCGUUCAGGCGGCGUGUCCUCCAUCCCGACCCUGUCCUCCCUCAACUUGUUCAGCAGCCGGAGGAGGAGGGACCCCGAUGCCCUGGUCCUGGAGAACCGACGCAGACUGGCCCUCCACGCCGGGUUCCACCCACUGACGCUGCGUCUGGUCAAGGUGGCCCACGCCAGCGAUGUCUGGGUCGCGGGCAAAGCCGAGCCGGAGAGCUACGACGCCAUGGUAACGGAUCGGACCGGCGUGGUCAUCGCGGCUCCGGGAGCCGACUGCAUGCCGCUCCUGUUCGCUGACCCGGUGUCAAAGGUCAUCGGAGCCGCUCACGCAGGUUGGAAAGGAACCGUGAUGGGUGUUGCUAUGGCGACGGUGGAGGCCAUGGUGAAGGAGUUCGGUUGCCGGGCGAGCGACAUCGUGGUCGCUGUGGGGCCGUCGGUGGGGGCGUGCUGCUUCACGCUGGACAGAGAGCAGGCGCUCCUCCUUCACUGCAUCCACCCGGACUGCGUCCCUGAUCCAGAGUCAGCCACACCGCACGUCAACAUCCGCCUCGCCAACAGAGUUCUCCUCCAGAGAGGCGGCAUCCUGCCCGAACACAUCCACGACGACACGGUGACGGAGCGUCCCUGCGUGACGCCCUGCACUUCCUGUCACCCCGAACACUUCUUCUCCUGCGUCAGGGACGGACCCAACUUCGGCACCCAGGUGGGCUUCCUGUGGAUCAGGGAGACGGACUGACGGGUCUGUCAGAUACUGCUGUCUGGACUUUAAGAAUCAGCAGGUGGGAGACGGCUGGAAACAACUAGUGACGGCUGGAGACAAUUAGUGACGGCUGGAAACUAGUGACGGCUGGAAACUAGUGACGGCUGGAAACUAGUGACGGCUGGAAACUAGUGACGGCUGGAAACUAGUGACAGUUGGAGACAACUAGUGACGGCUGGAGACAACUAGUGACGGCUGGAGACAACUAGUGACGGCUGGAGACAACAGACAACUAGUGACGGCUGGAAACAACUAGUGACGGCUGGAAACAACUAGUGACGGCUGGAGACAACAGACAACUAGUGACGGCUGGAGACAACUAGUGACGGCUGGAAACAACUAGUGACGGCUGGAGACAACUAGUGACGGCUGGAAACAACUAGUGACGGCUGGAGACAACUAGUGACGGCUGGAAACAACUAGUGACGGCUGGAGACAACUAGUGACGGCUGGAAACAACUAGUGACGGCUGGAGACAACUAGUGACGGCUGGAAACAACUAGUGACGGCUGGAGACAACUAGUGACGGCUGGAGACAACUAGUGACGGCUGGAAACAACUAGUGACGGCUGGAAACAACUAGUGACGGCUGGAAACAACUAGUGACGGAUGGAGACAACUAGUGACGGCUGGAAACUAGUGACAGCUGGAGACAACUAGUGACGGCUGGAAACUAGUGACAGCUGGAGACAACUAGUGACGGCUGGAAACUAGUGACGGCUGGAAACUAGUGACAGUUGGAGACAACUAGUGACAGCUGGAGACAACUAGUGACGGCUGGAGACAACUAGUGACGGCUGGAAACAACUAGUGACGGCUGGAGACAACUAGUGACGGCUGGAAACAACUAGUGACGGCUGGAGACAACUAGUGAUGGCUGGAGACAACUAGUGAUGGCUGGAGACAACUAGUGACGGCUGGAGACGGCUGGAGACAGCUGGAAA